AACCGCCUGCAUUGAUCAUCCUGCCGGCCUCGACGCAAACGACGGCGACACCAAGGACAAUACCACCUGGACCCAUCGCUUCACAUCGUCUGCAUCCCUCAGUGGCACCCUGGUCGAACGUUUGGGGCGGGGCUUUGCUGUUCUAGAGAACCCGACUGUGUGGUUCAGGCGUCUAGUUUAGGCACUGCUUGAUAGGCCUUCUGCGAAUCACGACCCGGAGCUGCUUCUACCAUCAGCACGUUUGCUUUUGCUCUCCAGUAUUAAACCUACAAUCAAGUACCUCCCAGGUCCCGAGGCCAAACCGUUAUCCUUAGUUCUGCAGCACUUUCCCCGUCUGGCUACCUCUACCUAUUCUUCAUCUUUUCCCUCCCCCCCCCAGCUACAUCACACAAACUCACCAUGCUCUACUUAAACAAACGCUCUCCUUCCGAGGAGCUGGCCUCUGUUCACAACCCAAUUUCUCCCACUGCUACUUCUACUUGGCACCAUUCUCUAGACGACCAGAAGAUGACCGAGGUAGUCCCAUUCCCCCAACCACAACACCUCUACCCAUUCGGUGGCUCAUCCCAUCGUUUGCUCGCCCCUGCCCCUGAGCAGAAAUCUCCUUACUUCUCUCCAGAUUUAUAUCGCGAGAUGCCUGUCUACCCCGUGGGCUACCAGACCACCUCUCAUCUGCCCAGGUCCCCCCCAGAGGCUCGCUCGGCUUCGGUCUCGAGUAUAUCCUCUUCGGUCUCCCACGGCACACCUGACAUGUCUUCCUCUCGGACCAUGUCACCCGUCACGGACUCCAACUCUGACACUAUGGCAAGUCCCCCGGUCUUGACCAGGACGUAUAACCCGCCGUCGUCCUAUCACCACACGCACCACACCUCCCAGGCGCUCCCUUCGUCAUUAAUCCCCGCCCCAUCGCAGUACAUGCAUAUUCAGGUCGCCCCUCCGCCACCAAUGUCGCUCUAUCCUUCGAUGCCGGCCUUGUCACAACGAACAACGACGUACCCACCAUCAUCCUCAUAUGAUUACCACCAACACUUGGGCCACCCUUACCCAUCUCAGCAGUCCAUGCACAGCUAUCAGCUACCAAUGCACAACUACCAACCCGUGUAUAGCUACACCAGCGCCCAGGCCUAUCCCAGCCAUUCAGCUGGCACCAUAUUACCCUCGUUCGCUCCCGCGCUAGGGUCCUCAAUCAUGUCCCUUCCACAUACGCAACGUCACGACAAGGCUCCUAUUGAGCGUUUACUGAAAGGCAAACACGAUAUCGUCAUGAUGAUCCAGUCACACCUGGAUUAUUUCGAUGUCACCAAGGCUCAGAUGGCGAGCCGGUGGUUCAGAGAUCACUUUGACCCCUCCAAGUGCCCUGAAGAAGACAAGAUCCGGUGCGUCAUGUUCGCCGAGAUCAACUUCAAGCGAUUCUGGCCCAACAACACCUCCUCGGGUGGCCGAGGCGGCGACAAGGAUGAUGGCAAGCAUCCUGGCUCCUUUGGGUGCUACCACUGCUUCAAGGUCAAAAGCCCCGAAAACUUUGAGCUGUUCAGGUGGAAGAAUGAUCUGGAGGAUGCGCCUGAGAGCAGCAACAACAACAAGACCAAUGCCAAUGACCAAAAGAACUCUGCCACCUCAAGAAAACAACAACAACAACAACAAAAUCAAGAAGGCUCCCCCAAACAGAACCCACCUCUGUCUCCUUCUACAUCCUCCCACACCUCCACCUCUUCAUUCUCUCUAACCUCAAACCCCCAUUACGACCCCUCUGUAACACGCUCCUCCCUCGCCGCCGCCGCCGCCGCCUCCACCAAGGGUCAAACCGGCAACACUCGCCGCGGCCCUUCCUCCUCCUCCUCCGGCACUUAUUCUUGCUCGGACCAAUCCCCCCGCAUCCAAGAAACCUGGGGGAUCCGGCGUUUCUGCAUCGACUGCGGCAUCAAAAAGAAAUUCUACAGACCGGGGGUCCUGAUCGAGCUCCACAAAGAGAAGAACGCGGUGUGGGUGUGCGACUGCUGGGUCACGCACAAGAGGCCGCAGGAGCUGGAUUGCAAGGUUUGCAAAAAGAUAUUGCCGCUGAGCACGCCGAAUCGGAGGAGGUGUUGAUUUGAUCUGGGGGUUGUGACUUUUGGACGAUCAUCUUGGGGGGUAUUUCAUUACCGGAUUAGAAUCAAUAAGUUAAAGGCUUGGACUUGGGAAUACUGCUUCUUGGUUGAAGGCGUUGGGAUACGUUGGGAGGGUUCAGCGUUGUCUUUUUUUUUGUUCCUUGAUCUUUUCUCGUGUUCAUGAUUUUCUUUGGGUUCUGGAUACAUGGCUUACAUCAUUUCCUUCCUUCUUCUUCUUUCUUGGAAAACACGUUUCAGUUACUUUGUUUACCCACAUGUCCUUCCUUCCUUCCUUUCAUCCGGGGAGGGGGGUUAAGAUUUAUUACUAAAGAUACCACAUUAUUCCCUUCGUCUUCAUCUUCUUCUUCUUCUUCUUCUUCUUCUUCUCCAUCAGCUUUACUAAAUGCUUCUUCAUGUUUGACAUUGUUCCUUAUUUGCCUUGUCCAUAUUACUUAUUUAUCGAUCGGAUGAGGGAGGUCAUCUACACAACAACGCGGUGAGAAUCCCACACAUUUUGGGCGGCAAAAUCUGAUUAAAUGUUUAAACCUACACUAUAUAAACUUGGGCGUCCGGCAAAUUUGAUACCUACCUUAGCGUUCAGUCAUCAUCAUCAUCAUCUUCAUCAAUGGACUCUCUCUUCUACCUAACUAAAACAUUUGGGCACACAUGGUCAUUUACGAAUACCGAGGGCUGAUGGAGGUCAUCAGUGACCCCCCCCAUCCUUCCCUUUGACGAUGGAUGUAAGCCUCAAAACAAACAUUAGUAGCAUGAAGAUUCCUAAACUUUCUACUAGUGCUAGUGCAGUCACUACGGGAUUUUUAAUGUAGAGAUUAGG